AGUCAGGAAGAAGGAGGAGGAGGAGAGAGGAAACUGGAGGAGAGAAAAAGAAGGGGGAAGGAGAGUGAAAAGAGAGAAAAAGGUGGAGGAGUAGAGGUAGAUUGUCUUCCAAACUGGGCAAUGUAGAUGUUUAGAUAGCAAUCUACAUUGAUUUUUGGGCAGCGUGUUUCCAAGCGCGCUAGACUUCCUAGAUGGCGCUCACUCUCUGGGCUCACUGCCUUUGUAAAUCCUUCCCCAUGUGCAUGUAAAAAUUCUGGCUUAGGUCCAGCACCCCGCUUCCCUCCGCUGUGGAGGUGGCAGCAGCUCAGUGUGUAUGGGGGGAACAGGCGCGGCCCCACCCCCACCCCCCCCUGGGCCUUCUCCAGCUGCUAGGCAGGGGUGCCAGCUCGGAGUGUGUGCCUGUGAGUGGGCCUCCUGGAGGUGGCCAGCUGCACCUCCCCCAGGUUCUCCCGGAGCUGAAGAGCCGGUGACUGCUGGCUGUUUUCGCUGGAUCCUAGAAGCCUCCCUUAGCUGCCGCAGGAGAAAGUUUGCUGGAGCCCAGGCAAGGGUGCUGUCUCUCCCGAGCCCUAAGCUCGCUUGCUCGCUCGUUCACUCUCCAGCCUGCGGGGCUGCCGCGGGGCAGCCGAGGUUCCCCAACUAGCACUGCCCCCGCGCAGGCUCCCUUCUCCUCUUCUCGUUUUCUCCCGCCCUCCCCCACUCUACGUAGCGCCCACGUAGGGUGCCAAGCGAAGUUUAAAAAGCCAGCCCGCAGGAGAGCGGCAGAAAAAGGAAGGGCAGAAGGAGAUGAACCGCAGUUGAGGCUCAGCUCCCGGCUCGUGGAGUGGCGGCGGGGGCGUGGGAUCGAUGGCUGCCUCUCGCCUCCCAGCCCGGUUCUCGGCUUACCCGUGAGGCUGCGGACAUCUCCGGCUCCCCGGAGCAGCUCGGCUGCCUGCGCCUACGAACCGCCUCUCAUUCCCUGACAGCCUGCUUUGGCGCGGGCUCCGGACGGCCGGGCCAUGGAGUAUCUGCUAGUGUGGCUCGGCUUUUCGCUCGCUUUGGCGGAAUUCACACGCCUACCUUCUGUGCGCUCCGAAGGUACUUGUGUCUUCCAGGGCUCAUCAUUCUUGAAUGACACCAUUUGGAAACCUGAUUCAUGCCAGGAUUGUCAUUGCCAUGGUGACAUUGUUGUCUGCAGUCCUGUUGUUUGCAAAAACCCUCAGUGUGACUUUGAGAAGGGAGAAGUGUUUCGAAUAGCUGCCAACAAGUGUUGCCCAGAAUGUGUCUUGAGAACCAAAGGAUUGUGCCACCAUGAAGGGAAGACCCAUGGGCAUGGGACAGAGUGGACAGCUGCUCCAUGCACCAUCUGUUCUUGCAGUCAUGGAGAAGUUAGAUGCACCCCUAAGCCAUGCCCACAUCUUUCAUGUGGGUCCCACGAACUGGAAUCCAUCCCUGAAAAUGCCUGCUGUCCAAAAUGUGUGGGAUCUGGCAAACCCUGUUCCUUGGAUGGUCGUUUGCUUUUGGAUGGUGAGGAAUGGCAGCUGAGCCAGUGUUCUAAAUACACGUGCAGAAAUGGAACUCCUCUGUGCUUCACUGUUCAAUGUCAGCCGCUACUCUGUGGCCAGGAUGAAGAAGUAAUUCGCUUCCCGGGGAAAUGUUGCCCACAGUGUCUUCCAAGACAUUGCUCUUCAGAUGGGAAAGUCUACCAGCAUGGUGAGCAGUGGACUGAAAAUGCUUGUACUACAUGUGUAUGUGACAAAGGAGAGACCAGAUGCCAUAAACAUGAAUGUCCUCCACUCACUUGUGAAAAGGGUCAGCACAAAGUACAUCAUCCCAAGGAGUGCUGUGACAAAUGCAGGUCAUCCACAGGACACUGCUUGUAUGAUGGGAUUCUUCGGUAUCAUGAUGAAAUGUGGAAGAGCUCUCCUUGUGAAUUUUGCAUAUGCAAUCGAGGUCAGGUUACUUGUCAUAUUGGAGAGUGUGCCACUGUAAAGUGUACCCAGGAUGAAGAGUUAAUUCACUUGGAGGGAAAAUGCUGUCCUGAGUGUGUUUCAAGACAUCAGCAUUGUCUUUAUGAAGAACAUAUAAAAGAUGAGGGAGAAAGAUGGAAUGAAGGUCCUUGCAAAAUGUGUGAAUGUCAGGAUGCCCAAGUAAUCUGUUAUCAACCCUCCUGCCUCCUUUGUCCAGUGGGUACCUUGGCAGUAGAAAUGAUGGGACAGUGCUGCCCAGCUUGCAAACCAGUCCCUUGCCACCCAGACUGCCUCACUUGUUCUGAGUCUCCAGACCACUGUGACCUCUGCCAAGAUCCUGGGAAGAAGUUGCAGAAUGGUCGUUGUGUGUAUAGCUGUGACCCAGGAUUCUACCAGAGUGGUGGUCUUUGUUUAGCCUGCCAGCAGGAGUGUGCUACGUGUACCAAUGGCUUUGAAUGUUCCUCGUGCCAGCCAUCCCUGCUGAUGAAAGAAAGGCAAUGUGUGGCUGCCUGUGGGAGAGGAUUCUAUCAGGAUCAUCACCAGUGUUUAGGUUGCCAUAAGUCCUGUGCCACUUGCUGGGGGCCAACAGAGAAGAAUUGCUUGUCGUGCAAAAAUCAGUUCCAAAUGCUCAGAGAAGGUUUUUGCGAGGGUGGCUGCAUACAGGAGCUUUACAAAAAGAGUGGAAUCUGUGAUGUUUGUGACCCAUCCUGUGAGACCUGUGUUCCAGAAAGUCCUCGCUGUCUGACGUGUGCUAAGAAUACCAUGUGGCAUGAUGGCAGAUGCCUUGCAGCAUGCCCUCCCAGGUACUAUCCUGACACCACUGGCAGAUGUUCAGGUUGCCAUAGUUCAUGUGCCAGCUGUGAUGGCCCCUCAGCAUCCCACUGUAUUGCCUGUCCGCAUUCUCAGGUGUUGCACCAAAACCAGUGUCUCUCUGACUGUGGACAGAGUUUUUAUUCUGACCACGGUAUUUGCAAAGCUUGUCAUCCUUCAUGCCUGAAUUGUGUUGGUCCAGAACCUUUCAGUUGUACCCAGUGUAGGAAUGCAACAGAAGGGGUGCAGCCUGGAGUGUUGUCUGGAGAAAUCCUAUCUGGUGUAUGUGUGUCCCAGUGCAAAGCCCAUUUUUACUUGGAGAACACCGGACUCUGUGAAGCUUGCCAUGAUUCCUGUUUGGGUUGUCAAGGGAAGAGCCUAGACAAUUGCACAUCCUGUAUACCUUCCCAAGUCCUCUUGGAUGGCCAUUGCUUCCCUAAAUGCCCAGAUGGAUUUUUCAACCUGGAGGGUAUCUGCUCUGUGUGCCAUCCCUCAUGCAGACAGUGCUAUGGUCCUACUGACUCCGAUUGCAUCAGUUGCCAUCCCCAUUCCCUUCUUGUGAGUGGAACCUGCAGGACCAGCUGUGAAGAGGAACAGUAUCUGAACCUUGUGGGCUAUUGUGUGGAUUGCCACCCCCUGUGCCAACAAUGUGUAGCUGACCUACAUAACACUGGCAGCAUCUGUCUCAGCUGUCAGAAUGCCCGUUACUUGCUGCUAGGGGACCACUGUGUUCCUAGUUGUCCUAUGGGAUUCUAUGCAGAGAAUGGAGCUUGUAAAAGGUGUCACUUAUCCUGCAAAACCUGUCAUGGUGCUGGACCCUUCUCCUGCUCCUCAUGUGAUGCCAACCUUGUCCUGUCACAUAGUGGCUUGUGCACCAGCACCUGCUUCCCAGGGCACUAUCUUGAUGAAAACAAUGCAUGCCAACCAUGCAAUGCCCAGUGCUGGAGUUGUGAUUCUCCAUCAAGAUGUACCUCUUGCAGAGACCCAACGAAGGUUCUUCUCUUUGGAGAAUGUCAGUACGAGAGCUGUGCCCAGCAGUACUACCUUGACUUGUCCACCAAGACAUGCAAAGAGUGUGAUUGGAGCUGCAAUUCGUGCCAGGGUCCACUGAGUACAGACUGCCUGCAGUGCAUGGAUGGUUAUGUGCUCCAGAACAGCACCUGCGUGGAGCAGUGUUCUCUUUCCUAUUACAGGGACUCAGACCAUUGCAAGAGCUGUGAUGAUCAUUGUCUCCAGUGUUUGGGUCCCCACGAAUGCACUCACUGUGAAGUACCAUUUUUCCUCUUUGAAUCUCGGUGUAUCCAGAAAUGUAGCCAAAGAUAUUAUGCAGACAGCAAGACACAGAGAUGCACAGCCUGUCCCCCAGGGUGUUUGGAGUGUAGCCAUGAGGAACACUGCCAUCUCUGUGACUAUGGAAUGUCUCUCAAGAAUGGGCUUUGUGUUUCCAGCUGUGGUCCUGGCUUCUCUGGCCACCUCCAGAAUGGAACGUGUCAUGGCAGCUCCUAUGUUAAUAUCCUUCAGGCGAAUGCUUCCCUUGUGAUGGGAAUUGGCUCAGUGCGACCCCUGGAUUUCUCCUUGCUGAAUGCCCAUGAUUUAGAAGGCAGGGUCACAGACCUCCUAUUCCAUGUUGUCAGCAUCCCUACCAAUGGCCAAUUGGUGCUCCUGAUGAAUGGGACAGAGGUCCCUUUGGGUGCCACUGACCAUUUUAACUGGGAAGACCUGAAAGAGAAGAGAGUACGUUUUUUGCACAGCAAAGACAAGCCCAGGAAAGGCCAUUUUUCCCUGAAAGUGAGUGACCAGCAAUUCUUCUCUGAACCACAACUGAUCAGUGUCCAAGCAUUUUCCACACAGGCUCCUUAUCUACUAAAGAAUGAAGCUCUUCAUAUUAAUAGAGGUGAAAGUGCUGCCAUCACCACCCAACUGCUGGACAUCCGAGAUGAUGACAACCCACAAGGUGUGAUGGUGGAGGUGGUAAAUGCCCCCCAUUAUGGCCAGCUCCUCCAGCCUCUGCGUGACCCCGGUGCCCCUGUCCAUCAGUUCCAGUUGGAUGACUUGGCUAGAGGCCUUCUCUACUAUGCACAUGAUGGCUCAGACAGUACUUCUGAUGCCAUUUUCCUGCAGGCCAGUGAUGGGUACUCCUUCCAAAAUAUACUAUUUAAAGUACAGAUCAUGCCAAAGCCAGGACUUGUUGACCUUCAACUGGAAUUAAAUUCUCUCCAGAAGACAGGAAGGGAAAGCCAGCUGUCCACUCACCCAAGUUUCCUCCAAGAGACUGAAGGAGACCUUCAACUGGUGGCUAACUCAUUGGUGUGGGUCCCUGAAGGAGGAAUGCUGCCAAUCACCAACAGGAUCUUAAGGGCCGAAGUACUUGGUGCCAGUGACUCAGAAAUUGUCUACACAAUUUCUCAUGACCACCCAAGAUUUGGGGAGGUAGUUCUUUUGAUGAACAUGCCUGCAGGCAGUCCAGUGGAUGGGAGACAUCACCUACCUGAUGGAAGAAUGGCAACACCCACCAACACUUUCACACAGCAAGAUAUCAAUGAAGGCAUUGUGUGGUACAAGCAUUUGGGUUCCCAGGCACAAAGUGAUUCCUUCAACUUUCAGGUGUCCAGUACAGCUGCCCCCCAGGCCCAUCUGGAGAACCAAGUAUUCAACAUUGCCAUCUUGCCCAAAACACAGGAGCCUCCGAAGCUUUUCCUUGGAGCCAAUCUGCAUAUGACUGCUCAGGAGGAUCGACUGAGUGUGAUACAGCCUCAUCACCUUUCUUUUGUUGACUCCAAGAGUCCAAGUGGAAAGAUCACAUACAAUAUCACUGCCCCAUUGCUUCCCAGUCAAGGGAUAAUCGAACACAAAGACAGGCCUCAUUUCCCCAUUCAGCAUUUCACACAGGCAGAUGUUAACCAAGGAAAAAUUGUGUAUCGGCCUCCCCCUGCAGCACCCCAUCUCCAAGAGAUCACGGCAUUCUCCUUUGCUGGUCUUCCAGAAUCCGUGAACUUCCGCUUCACAGUUUCAGAUGGAGAGCACACAACAGAAGAAAUGAUGUUUACCAUCCACCUACUUCCCAUUCAUCAGCACCCCCCCCAGUUCCAGAUCACCGUUCCAUUUCUUGAGGUCAGCCGAGGAGGCCAAGCUAAUGUUGGGAUUCAGCUGGCAAUGAGUGACACCAACACUGAUCCUGAAGACCUUUCUUUUGAGCUAGUGAAGCCUCCCUUGCAUGGUGCUCUUGUUAAGAAAACAGCUGACUUCCAAGGGCACAUGAAUACAGGCGACCAUUUCACCUAUAAAGACAUCACCCAGAAUGCACUAAGGUAUGUUCACGAUGGCUCAUCAGCCACAGAAGACCGCAUGGAGAUCUCCGUCACUGAUGGCAUUGCCACAGCAACCACACUGGUGAAUGUGGAGGUGUCGUGGACUGACCGCAGCAGUCCCCGGCUGGCCACAGGUUCCUUGCUGACUGCCACUCUUCCCAGCAAAAGUUCCAUCACUCUCACCAGAUCACAUUUGGCUUAUGUGGAUAAUUCUUCCCCUGAUUCCAAGAUAUGGAUUCAUUUACUUUCUUUACCCAUGUAUGGGACUCUCACAAGAACAUUGGGGGUAGAGGUAGAAGAGCUCUCAAUGAUUUAUAACUUCACAAUGGAAGAUAUCAACAACCAGAAAAUCAGGUACUCAAGUUUUUUUGAGACAGACAGUCAUCCAGUUACUGAUAUUUUCCAUUUCUCUGUCUCUGAUGCUGACAACAACAAACUAAACAAUCAGAACUUUACCAUCAUUAUCACACCUGUCCAGAAUCUGCCUCCUGUUUUCACGUUUGCUGACCUUAUCACAGUUGAUGAAGGAGGGAGAGCACCACUAACAUUUCACCAUUUCCUGGCUGUGGAUCCUGAAAACCUCCAGAGAGAUACAGAAGUAAAAAUAAGCACUUUGCCUACAUAUGGCUUCAUUGAGAAUACCAGGACAGGUAGCCGUUUUGGCCCCAGAGGCAGCAGUGACUUGGAAGCAUCCUUCCCCUUUCAGGAUAUUCUAGAAAACCACAUCUACUAUUUUCAGAGUGUUCAUGAGAGCAUUGAACCAACCAGUGAUAUCUUCAGUUUCUAUGUGAGUGAUGGAUCUGGUCGUUCAGAGAUUUACAGCAUGAACAUCACCAUUGAGAAGAGAAAUGAUGAGUCUCCCAAGAUGAACAUCCAGCCCAUCAGGGUGCAGGAGCGCACAGGAGUGGUCAUCAGAAAUACAUCUUUGAGUCUGCAGGACCUGGACACUCCAGAUAAUGAACUGGUUUUUGUACUAACAAAAAAGCCUGACCAUGGUUAUCUCCAUAGAAGACAGCUUUCUUCCGAGCCGCUGCAGAAUGGCCGGAUCUUGUCCCAGGGCUCCUCCUUCACUUACCAGGAUAUCUUAGAUGGCUUGAUUGUAUACACCCUUGGUGGUCCUGGUGUGACUGUAGAUGAGUUCCGUUUUUCCCUCACAGAUGGUCUCUAUACUGAGACAGGGAGGGUGGAGCUGUCCAUAGAGCUCCCCAAGAGUGAGCCUCCCCAACUAGCUGUGAACCGAGGCCUGCAGCUAUCAGCAGGUUCUGUAGCUCGGAUCACAGACCAGCACUUAAAAGUGACAGGCACCAAUUUGGAUGACCUGAAGGUUAUGUAUGUCAUGAAGAAAGAUCCCAGCAUGGGGCGCUUACAGCUGGCAAGGAAUGACAAUCUGGAGCAAAUCUCUAUUAAGGGACCAGUCAAGAGUUUCACUCAAGAUGACAUCAGCCAAGGAUGGGUAGAAUACAGACAUGAGAAGGGAGAAUCUGGUGGCAGUUUUACUUUUAAAUUUGAUGUGGUUGAUGCUGAAGGCAACAAACUGACUGACCAGUCAUUCUCCAUCAAUGUCCUAGAAGACAGAUUCCCUCCCACCAUCAUAGUUAACAAAGGACUGAUCGUGGAUGAAAACUCAGUGAAGAAAAUCACGACUCUGCAGCUGUCAGCCACUGACCAGGACAGUGAGCCUGGAGACUUAACCUACAGGAUCACGAAGCAGCCCCAGCUAGGAUAUUUGGAACAUGCAGCAUCACCAGGCAUCCAGAUUAACUCCUUCACUCAAGCUGACUUAAUUGCUCGAAGUGUCCAAUACAUUCACACAAGUGAGGUAGAAAAGCACAGUGAUGCCUUUACUUUUACAAUCUCUGAUGGAACCAACCUAGUGAGUCAAACCUUUCAUAUCACCAUCAACCCUGUGGAUGACUCAUUACCCAUUGUCCAAAACACAGGAAUUCGAGUACAGGAAGGGGUGAGGAAAACAGUCACAGAGUUUGAGCUUAAAGCUGUUGAUGCUGACACAGAGGCAGAAUCUGUGACAUUUACUAUAGUUCAGCUGCCACGACAUGGCACUAUUGAACGCACCAGCAAUGGGCAACACUAUCACCAGACCUCCACCUUCACCAUGGAAGAUAUCUACCAGAACAAGAUCAGCUACAGCCAUGAUGGCAGUAACUCCCUCAAAGACCGUUUUACCUUCACUGUUUCUGAUGGGACUAACCCCUUCUUCAUUGUUGAGGAAGGAGGGAAAGAGAUUGUGACAGCAGCUCCCCAGCGAUUUAGAGUGGACAUCCUUCCAGUGGAUGAUGGGACCCCAAGAAUUGUCACCAACUUGGGCUUGCAGUGGCUGGAGUAUAUGGAUGGGCAGGCAACCAACUUGAUCAGCAAGAAGGAACUACUGACCACAGACCCAGAUACAGAAGCCAGGCAUCUUGUGUACGAGAUAACAACUGGACCCAGAAAUGGCUACGUGGAAAACAAGCUUCACCCUGGCCGAGCUACCACAGCUUUUACCCAGGAGGAGGUGAACUUGGGUUUGAUACGGUAUGUAUUAGAUGAAGAGAAGAUCCACGAGAUGAUGGACAGCUUUCAAUUCCUAGUGAAAGACAGCAAACCCAAUGUGGUCAGUGACAAUGUCUUCCAUAUCCAGUGGUCUCUGAUCAGCUUUAAACAUACGAGUUACAACGUCAGUGAGAAGGCUGGCUCUGUUAGUGUCACCGUGAAGAGAACCGGAAACCUCAACCAAUAUGCCAUUGUCCUGUGUCGCACUGAGCAAGGGACAGCCAUCUCCAGUUCCAACAUGGGCUCCAAGCACGGACACCAAGACUAUGUGGAAUAUGCAGGCCAGGUCCAGUUUGAUGAACGAGAAGAUACAAAAUCCUGCACCAUUGUCAUUAAUGAUGAUGACAUAUUCGAGAACAUUGAAAGCUUUACUGUGGAGCUCAGCAUGCCAGCUUAUGCCUUGCUGGGAGAAUUCACCCAGGCCAAGGUCAUUAUCAAUGACACCGAGGACGAACCUACAUUGCAGUUUGAUAAGAAGAUCUACCGUGUCAAUGAGAGUGCUGGAUUCCUGUUUGCACCCAUCGAAAGAAAAGGAGAUUCCAGCAGUAUGAUAUCUGCCAUUUGCUACACCAUACCUAAAUCAGCUAGGGGAAGCAGUCUCUAUGCUCUAGAAUCAGGAUCCGAUUUUAAGUCAAGGGGAAUGUCACCUGAAAAUCGUGUGAUAUUUGGACCUGGCGUCACCAUGUCCACCUGUGAUGUCAUGCUGAUUGAUGACAGUGAAUAUGAGGAAGAAGAGGAGUUUGAGAUCGCCCUGGCAGGGGCUUCUGACAAUGCUCGCGUUGGGAGUGUGGCUUCAGCCAAGGUGCUCAUUAGUGGCCCCAAUGAUGCCUCCACAGUGUCCCUGGGCAGCACCACAUAUACUGUCAGUGAAGAUGCAGGCACAGUGGAGAUCCCUGUCAUCCGGCAUGGUACAGAUCUUUCUACUUUUACAUCAGUGUGGUGUGCAACUCGUCCUUCUGACCCACCCUCUGCUACUCCAGGAGUGGACUAUAUCCCUAGUUCUAAAAAGGUGGAAUUUCGGCCUGGGGACACUGAACAGCACUGCACAUUGGUCAUCUUGGACGAUACUCAGUAUCCUGCAAUAGAGGGAUUGGAAACAUUUGUGGUUUUCUUGAGCUCAGCACAAGGGGCAGAGAUGACUAAACCUUUCCAAGCCAUCAUUGCCAUCAAUGACACAUUUCAGGAUGUGCCCAGCAUGCAGUUUGCGAAGGAUUUGUACCUUGUGAAGGAAAAAGAUGGCAUCCUACACAUUCCCAUCAUUCGAAGUGGGGACCUGAGCUAUGAGUCCUCAGUGAGGUGCUAUAGCCAAAGCCAGACAGCCCAAGUCAUGGAGGACUUUGAGGAGAGAAGGAAUUCCGAUGAUUCACGUAUCACCUUUCUAAAGGGGGAGAAGGUGAAGAACUGCACCAUCUAUAUCAAUGAUGACUCCAUUUUCGAACCAGAGGAACAGUUCUGGGUCUACCUUGCCAAUCCUCUUGGAAACCACUGGAGUGGAGCAAGAAUUGGGAAGAGCAACAUGGCCACCAUCACCAUAUCCAAUGAUGAAGAUGCCCCAACUAUUGAAUUUGAAGAGGCUGCAUACCAGGUCCGGGAGCCUGCUGGGCCAGAUGCUCUUGCAAUUCUGAACAUCAAAGUGAUCCGGAGAGGAGACCAGAGUAGGACCUCCAGGGUCCGCUGCAGUACUCGAGAUGGUUCUGCCCAGUCGGGUGUUGAUUAUUACCCAAAGAGUCGUGUCCUGAAGUUCAGUCCUGGUGUGGAUCACAUCCUUUUUAAAGUUGAGAUCCUGUCCAAUGAAGACCGAGAAUGGCAUGAAUCCUUCUCCCUAGUCCUCGGCCCUGAUGAUCCAGUGGAAGCAGUCCUUGGAGAUGUGACUACUGCAACAGUGACAAUUCUGGACCAGGAGGCUGCAGGGAGUCUCAUAUUGCCAGCUCCACCCAUUGUGGUCAUGCUUGCUGACUAUGACCAUGUGGAGGAAGUAACCAAGGAAGGUGUCAAAAAGUCUCCCUCCCCGGGGUACCCACUGGUCUGUGUCACUCCUUGUGACCCUCACUUCCCCAAGUACUCCAUUAUGAAGGAACGUUGCAUCGAGGCGGGCAUCAAUCAGACCUCUGUCCGGUUUAGCUGGGAAGUAGCUACACCCACGGAUGGCAAUGGGGCAAGGUCUCCCUUUGAGACCAUCACUGACAACACACCCUUCACCAGUGUCAACCACAUGGUCCUGGAUAGCAUCUACUUCAGCCGGCGGUUUCAUGUGCGAUGUGUGGCAAAGGCUGUGGACAAAGCAGGGCAUUUGGGGACCCCCCUGCGAAGUAAUAUUGUUAUCAUAGGGACAGACAGUGCUAUCUGUCACACGCCUGUUGUGGCUGGGACCGCCAGAGGUUUCCAGGCUCAGUCCUUCAUUGCUACCUUGAAAUACCUUGAUGUCAAACACAAGGAACAUCCUAACAGAAUUCAUAUCUCAGUACAGAUCCCACACCAGGAUGGUAUGCUGCCUCUUAUCUCAACAAUGCCAUUACACAAUGUGCAUUUUCUUUUAUCGGAGUCCAUCUACAGACAUCAGCACGUCUGCUCCAAUCUCAUCACUAUAGGAGAUCUGAAAGGUAUCUCAGAAGCAGGAUUCUUGGAUGAAGUCAUCUAUGACAACAUUGCCUUGGGCCCAGGCUAUGACCGUCCUUACCAGUUUGAUCCCACUGUGAGGGAGGCCAAGACCAUCCAGCUUUACAAACACUUGAAUCUGAAAAGCUGCACUUGGACCUUUGAUGCUUAUUAUGACAUGACUGAACUAAUUGAUGUCUGUGGAGGGUCUGUAACUGCCGACUUCCAGGUGAGAGACUCUGCUCAGUCAUUCCUGACAGUACAUGUUCCCCUCUAUGUGUCCUACAUCUACGUGACAGCCCCCAGGGGCUGGGCCUCCCUUGAUCACCACACAGAGAUGGAGUUCUCUUUCUUCUAUGACACUGUUCUCUGGAGAACAGGAAUUCAGACAGAGAGUGUGCUCUCAGCAAGACUUCAGAUAAUAAGGAUCUAUAUUCGAGAAGAUGGUCGUCUGGUCAUUGAAUUCAAGACCCACGCCAAAUUCAGAGGAUACUUUGUCAUGGAACACCAUACCCUCCCAGAGGUGAAGUCUUUUAUAAUGACUCCAGACCACCUUGGAGGCAUUGAGUUUGAUCUACAGCUUCUGUGGAGUGCCCAGACUUUUGAUUCACCAUAUCAGCUUUGGAGAGCAACGAGUUCUUACAACAGGAAGGACUACUCGGGGGAGUACACAAUCUAUUUAAUCCCUUGUACCGUGCAGCCCACACAGCCUUGGAUUGACCUCAGAGACAAGCCACUGCCCUGCACAGCCCAUGCUCCAGAAAGAUUUUUGAUACCUAUUGCAUUCCAGCAGACUAAUCGCCCAGUGCCAGUUGUCUAUUCACUCAACACUGAGUUUCAGCUAUGCAACAAUGAGAAAGUGUUUCUGAUGGACCCAAGCACUUCUGACAUGUCACUGGCAGAAAUGGAUUACAAAGGGGCUUUUUCAAAGGGUCAGAUCCUCUAUGGCCGUGUACUUUGGAAUCCUGAGCAGAACCUCAACUCAGCUUACAAACUGCAGCUGGAAAAAGUCUACCUCUGUACUGGCAAGGAUGGCUAUGUACCUUUCUUUGACCCUACUGGGACAAUCUACAAUGAAGGGCCACAGUAUGGAUGUAUUCAACCUAAUAAACACUUAAAGCACAGAUUCCUGUUGCUGGAUCGAAGUCAGCCAGAAGUCAUUGAUAAAUACUUCCAUGAUGUGCCUUUUGAUGCCCACUUUGCUUCUGAUUUAUCUGAUUUCCAUGUGGUCAGUAACAUGCCAGGUGUGGAUGGAUUUACUCUGAAAGUAGAUGCACUUUAUAAGGUGGAAGCAGGACACCAGUGGUAUCUCCAAGUCAUCUAUAUCAUUGGCCCUGAUACUGUCUCUGGGCCACGAGUGCAGCGUUCUCUCACAUCUCAGGUGAGGCGCAGCCGCAGAGACUUUGUGGACCACACAGGCCUACUGACCCUUGACGAUUCCCUCAUCUAUGACAAUGAAGGGGACAAAAUCAAGAAUGGCACGAACAUGAAGUCACUGAAUCUGGAGAUGCAGGAAUCAGUUGUGGCUGCUUCUCUGUCCCAAACUGGUGCAUCAAUUGGGAGUGCCCUGGCCGCUGUCAUGUUACUCCUGUUAUUGCUCUUAGUGUUUUAUUUAAUCACCAGAAGAUGCCAAAAACAAAACAAGAAGAGAGCUACAGAGGACAUCUUGGAUGAAUACCCUCUGAACACCAAGGUAGACAUACCCAAGAGAAAUCCAGACAGGCUGGAGAAAAACAUGAAUAGACAAUAUUGUACUGUGAAAAACAUCAAUCUGUUGAAUGAGAAUGAGGGGCCCUACAAAUUCAAAGGUGUUACAGUCAAAAGGGUGAACCUGGAAGUCAAAGUUCAUAACAAUUUACAAGAUGGAACUGAAGUUUGAUGGCAGUGACCCAUCUGUAUUUUUUCUAAAAGUCUUUUUAUAAACGGUAAAUAAUAAUAAAAAAAAGUUACUGGUAUUUUUAUAAUCUUGUGGAAAAAGGGAAAACUAUAGCUUUGAGUGGUGGCCUGCACUAUAGCACAUGCUUCAACUCACAGCUGAGCUACCUCAUCUAGGGAAGAACCAAGGGAGGUCCUCAAGACAGGAAACACUGAGUAACCGGUAUUUUAGUGGGUGUUCACAUUCAUUUUUUUCAACAUCAACAAAUGGCUAUUUUUAUCAUGGUGGUUUUGGGAGAUUUAAGUACUUCACCUAUAAGUUGAUGGGGGGUAUGAUGAUUGAAAAAAAACCCAACAAUAUGGUACAGUGGGAAGAGCAUUAGAUUUGGAUACUGGGGUUCAAGUCCCAGUCUCACCAUUAAUACAUUUUACAACUUUAAGAAAGUUAUUACAUUUCUCUAGGCUUCAGUUUCUAUCGGUUGAUGGGGUUGGACUAAGCUUAAGAGGUAAUUCCUAAUCUCGUGAUCUGAAGCUAAUCACUUCCAUUUUCCCCUCUGCCUUUCCUUGGUUGAUCUAGCCUGGAUUGCUGAUCCAUGAACUCUCAUUUGGAUUUGGGGGAUGGGGUGAAAUUUAUUUUUUCCAAGCAUGCUUACCAUUCACUAACUGCCAUUCACACUUUACACUGGCAGUGCCCUUUUUCUCCCAGAAGUUUCCAGAUAUUUUCAAGAAUUGUUCCAGAGUACCCAUAAGAAAACUUCAGGUUUAGACUCAGAUCUUCUUGACUCUAAGCUUGAAGCUCUAUGUACUGUACCAACUAACUGCCCAUUAUUUUUCAUACCAUUUAUAUCAUUUAUACCAAUAGUUCUGUCUUGGCAGCAAGGAGGCAUAGAUCAGGGCCCAUUUUCCAUGGGAGAAAAUUGAGACCUGGAGAAGUCAAAGGCUUGGCCCAUAUCUUGAAGCAAAUCACUGAUUGUUAGUUUACUCCUGAAUCAAGAUCCAAGUUUUCUUUUUCUGACUCCCAUGUUUACUAUCCAGAGGGAUACACCCAUAAGCAUCAAUGUACAAAGCCCAUCUUUGUCAAAUAUCUUCUGCAUGCUCUUCCAUUGAAUAUUAGUCCACAUGGUCAUUGAUGCACUUUCAAUUUGUCUUUCCUAGAAAAUCUACCAUGAUCUCUUACUCUCCCAGGUUUUAUUUAUCUACUAUCUGAGAGUAGAGUAUCCUGUGCUCUUUACUAACUGUGGAUUUUGGAUGAAUGAAUAUACACAUAUGUUGGAUUUUAUUAGGGCAAAUUAUGGAAAAGGUAAGGAGAAAAGCCAGUUAGAAUUGAGCAAGGGAGAAUUGGGUGCUUCCUGAUCCCUUUUGCUACAUCAAUCUCCCUCCCUUGGUGUCUCCUGACAAAGUAAGUCAGGGAUUUAUUUUAGGGGUUUCUUAUCUGGUAGCUCAGGUGCUUGAUUUGACCACAUCUGUUCAUGGUGGGGUCACAGAUUCACAGUUUUAAUGCAAUGUCAUGUCCAGACGUCAGUUUAAUUACUGUAGGUGCAUUAUAUGCUUGGCUUGCUUUUUUUUUUUAUCUUUGACAUAGCCUUAUUGGCAAAUGAAUAAGCAUGUGUGCCAGAGGCAACUUUAAAUUAGAAACCACAUAUUUAUCCAAGUUUAGAAGAGCCACUUUCCCUUGAUGCAUGACUUAUCACAAGCACGUCUUGUAACACUGGUGAUCAUAUUUGUAAUUGGAAGACCCCAGUUCUGGGUGAACCUUCAGAACUGGAAACAGUAUACCAAAAACAUUAGUAAGAACUAACUGGGAAAGGUUUUUAGGCAUCUAGAGAAAAGGUGAGGAAAGAAAGCUAACAUGGUGUAAUAUCAAUAGAGGGCACUUUUCUCCAUGGACAGUGGAAUCAUCUUGCAGUUAGGCAAAGAAAGACUAUGUCAGCAAGCUGGAUCCAACAGGAACACCACUGGAGGAUGAGCAGACAGAGAACUAUGCUCUGUUGGCAUCUGGAAUCAGGAUUAUGGCUCAGAUCCAGAUACCUCCAAUGCUAAUAUUAUUAAAAAAAAUGAUAUGUACAUGGGAAAAGAGGAGAACUUAAAAGACUUGUAUCCAUAUCUAAUGUCUGAGAUAUCAAUAGCACUCUUCCUGCUUUGCUUUCACAUAACUUUUGUGAACAUGCAUUUAUAAAGCACCUACUUUAUUCAAAGUACUAUAUACUAUAUAGCUAAAAUGUGCUUGCUGCUGGCAUAAAGAUUUUCUUGGUGAAAGGAAUUCCCCCCUCCCCAAAAUAUCCCUACCCUACACAUUCAACUAAAUGCUACAGCUUUCUCUAUUCCAUGGACACACUGAAUGUAAAGUGUUAAGAGAUGUGGAACUGAGACUUUUCUUGUUUGGUUCACCAUUGUUAGCAUUUUUUUAACUUCUUGGGAUUUCAUGUUCUUCAUCAUGCACUGGCAUUGGAUUUCAGCUGUGUCUGUGCCCUUGUCUUGUCAUUACUGUGUUGUUCAUUUUCCAGUAUUGUACCAUGUAGGUUAGGAGGAACAAAGAACCAUUCAUUUUUCAUUCUUUCCCAUGUCUGUUAAAGUGCUUGCUUUAGAGAGGAAGAGGGUGACCUUUUUCUUUUGCCUGAUUGUCCUUUGCUGUCCUUUUGCUAAAUCUUGAGUCUAUCGGAGGACUUCUAUAGAUUCUUGUUGUAGGUUGGCACUUCCUUACAUACUUCUGGAGUUCUCUGUCUUAGUGUAUGAAAGUUGGUCUUCCUACCAUGAUUUGUUACUCCAAGUAUUACCCACACCCCUGAUCUAAUGGUGUAACCCUUUUGUGGUGCUGUCUUCAUGAUUCCUUGGAUCUCUUGUGAUUUUUGUAUUUUUAUCACUAAUCUAUGUGGUACAGAUUUCUGAUUUCUCCAACAGCACAUACCAUAAUAUGAAUUUUUAUUAAUAAAUGGCAUUUUGGUUGUUUGUUUACUA